ACCGUCGGAAUCUGUGCCAUUGCAAGGUGGCACUGAGAUCGAGAUGGCACUCCGACUCGCCUUGGUGCUGCUCCUGAGGGCUCUGCUCGUCCAGUGUAAUGAGCAUUGACAUCGUUGACCCGACAAUGUUGGUGAGAUGAAACGGACGAUCAUCGAUCCAGAUCAUAUUGACGAAGGAGACGACAUGCUCUUCACAGCCAACCAAUCAGCGGCCUUGAAUCUGACGGAGAGAAUGAUGCAGGAUGUGGAGACGAUCGAAAUCGACGACCUCCUGCUGACCCGCGCCCAGGCAGCCGCCAUCGCCAGCAGGAAGGCGGUGAACAACGUGGCCCAACACUGGCCCGACGAAAACGGUUUUCCUCACGUGCCCUAUACUUACGAGGACACCCUAGUGGACAGGACAGCAGUCGAGGCGGCCAUACAGCACUGGAGAGAUCACACCUGCAUCACUUUUACCGAAGUUGCCCAAACCGAAACGGGCCCUCGUCUUCGCUUCAUACGCCACGCCAGCUCUUGCAAUUCCUUCGUUGGCUACAUCAACAGAGCCGAUGGCCAGAUCAUCAAUGUGCCUGAGUGGUGUGAAGAAUCGUUUGGCAGCCUGGUCCACGAGAUCGGCCACGCCAUGGGCUUCUGGCACGAGCAGUCGAGGUCAGACAGGGAUUCCUACGUCAGUAUCCUCACGCAUAAUAUUCGGCCGGCGGCGCUGGGCAACUUUGACCUCGAGGUGGACAACUCCUAUGGUGUGCCUUAUGACUACAAGUCGGACAUGCACUACGGCGGGAAGGGCUUCACCAAGAACGGGCUGAACACCAUCGUGAGCAUAGACCCGCGGUACCAGGACGUCAUGGGCCAACGCACCGGCCUCUCUCACAUGGACAAGCUCCUGGCCAACACCAUGUACGGCUGCACGGCCAAGCUUCUCGGCACGUGCGGGAUAGCGAGCGACCCCUGCCAGAACUACGGUUUCCUGGGGAAGGACUGCAACUGCGUGUGUCCUGAAGGCACGUCUGGAAGCAACUGUGAAACCCUUGUUACACCUUAUAACGAUAUUGGCUUUGCACCAAACACCGAGAUUGUCACGGAGCCAAAAACCAUCACGACAGUAGGAUAUCCCAGUGAUUUUGCCCUGUACACGGACUUCGUCAAGUGGAUCAAGGCCCCGGCGUGCAAGCUCAUCAAGAUCACCUUCACGGACUUCGAACUUUACCAGAAAACGGACAAGACGGUCGAUGGAGUGACAGUGAAUGCGUGCUGGCAUGACCACCUGGAGCUGAGGACGAGCAACAUGCUGGAGGGAGACUGGUACUGCGGAACAAGCAUCAGCGCCGGCCAGGAAUUCAUCACAACAGGAAACGAAGCAGUUCUGUACUUCCAGGCGAGGACCAACUUCAACAGGGGCUUCUCGGCUGACGUCACGUUCAUAGACGACCCCUCCUGCACGGAUACAACUACAACUACAACCUCAACAAGCACAACUACAACAAGCACAACCACAACUACAACUUCAACAAGCACAAGCACGUCCACAAGUACAGCUUCAACAAGCACAUCCACAACCACAUCAGAAAGCACAACCACAACUACAACAUCAACAAGUACAUCAACAAGCACAACAUCAACAAGUACAACAACCACAUCAACAACAACCACGACAACAACAACCACAUCAACAACAACCACACAACACCACAACCAACAACAAGUAUUAUGACAACCACCCCAUCCAUGUCUUCGUGGGACCCGUGUGGAUAUUCGAUACAAGACGGUUAUAUCUAUCUUACGUCUCCAGAUUUCCCUUCGUUUUACCCAAAUAACGUAAAGUGCACGCUGGCAAACAUUACGGAUGCGCUCGGACUGACCAUCAUAGACAUAAGAUGCUAAGACUGAUCUUUGGCGACCUCCUGAAGAUCGAGAACCCAUACACACCACCACGAAGAAUGGUCUUCCGCUCAGCCCGGGCACGAUACUGAUCCCGAGCGCGCAGUUCCUGGCCACAUUCACGUCCAACGAGAGAUACCGGUGGCGAGGCUUCAAUCUCAGGCUCCGCGUCAAAAGCGAUACAGGUUGUCACGAGAAACUUUCGGCGACGGAGGCGUUAUCACAUCCCCUAUGUUCCCCAAACCACACCGAGGAACUUACUGCGAAUGGCACAUCACUGCUUCGGAGGGGAAAAAGGUUCAGAUCGACGUGACGCAUCUUAGGAUCCGAUACUCCAACUUCCUGGCAGUGAAUCCCACGACAGAGCUCUAUUACCGCCGUGGCAGCGUGAUCUACCUGCCGCACCGUUGGGCUCCGAGGCAGAUCGUAUCGGAUUCUAACCUCAUCAGGAUCCUCUUCGCGGGAAAAUAUGGAUCGAAGGGGUUCAGGAUCGAGUACAGCGAAGUCGAUAACAAAUGAGCAUCGUAAGAGAGGGAAAAACAAAAGAGGAUCGAAGGAAUGGGAAGAUAAAGGAGGAUUAGAAGAAAUGGGAGAAAAUGAGUUUCUGAGUUGCCAUAACCCGGACCUUAACAUCCAUUUUAUUUAUUGAUUUAUUAUAUUUAUUUCUAUGAUUGUUUGAUUCAUUCAACUAUUUAUUUAUUUAUGUGCGUGUAUGUGAAUUGUUUAUUCCUUAUUUUCUUUCCUAUUCAGUGCCUCCUCUUUAUUUCCCAUUUUCUAUGACCCAUUUUCCUUUCCAACCCCUUAUCCACCUAUAUAUUGGAAUAAUUAUUUGGGAAUAUGGUGCAGCUGCUAUCAUUACAAAAAAGAAAAGAAAAAAAAUCUAGAGGAACAGUUUGGAAAUCCAAGCCCAUAAUAAACUUUAGAUCGAGCAA